AUGGCAUCUGAAGCAGAGAAAACAUUCCAGCGGUUUGCUGCCUUUGGAGAAUCAUCAAGCAGUGGCACUGAAAUGAACAACAAGAACUUCUCCAAGCUAUGCAAAGACUGUGGCAUCAUGGAUGGCAAGAUGGUCACCUCCACGGAUGUGGACAUUGUAUUCAGCAAAGUCAAGGCCAAGAAUGCCUGAACCAUCACAUUUCAGCAGUUCAAAGAGGCAAUGAAGGAACUGGGCCAGAAGCAGUUCAAGGGGAAGGGUGAAGACGAAGCCCUGGAGAACAUUUAUAAACUCAUGGAGGGCAAGGACCCAGCCACCACCGGUGUUACUAAAGCAACAACAGUGGGUGCAGUGGACCGUCUGACAGACACCAGCAAGUACACAGGCAGCCACAAGGAGCGCUUUGAUGAGAGUGGCAAGGGCAAGGGCAUGGCAGGACGGGAAGAGACAACUGACAACUCAGGCUACGUGAGCGGCUACAAGGGUGCAGGCACCUACGAUAAGAAGAAGUAA